GUCAAUUGGAGUUCAAGGCGGAUAAUUUGUUUACAAAACUAAAUUGUGUGUACCGUUUUUCGAUACUCGUAGUAGGCAUUUAAAACGGCUUGUUUUGAUAAAGGUGUUGGCGCUUUGAACCCGCGCACUUCUAGCGUAAAUUACAAUUAGCCGCAUAACAUUCAGUCGAUACCACCAUCGCGUAGCUGGGUUACCUUAGCCGGGCAUUUGUAUGCAGCAAGUGUUGUACGUGUUUACAUCAACCGACGACAAUGGUAGUAAUGGUUGUUGUUGUAGUGGCGGUAGCGAUGUUUGCGGUGAGGGCAACAACAACGGCAAAACUUUCGCUGCAUUCUCAUUCGCAUGUGCUGGUUGGUGGCCAGCAAGCAACAUGUUCGAUGUCAUACCGACAGCGAAAACAACAAAACACUGCGUUGCUUAACAUUUUGCUCGCCCCAUGCUUCGAACCGCCACUGUGGAAUUGAGGAAUAAUUCCGUGUAUCGGCAACAGUUGUGCGCAUGCGCACUGCAACCCAUUGAAGCUUCCAAUCAGUCUGACAAAAGACGCGAUUGCCGAACAUUGAUUAAAAAAUAUUUACGCGAGUUUAACAAACGGAAAACAGGCAAAAUAAAAUAUUGUUUAGCUUGAAAUGGAAAGUGUGCUUCUCGGAUUGGAGGCCUGAGCGUGUUGAAAUAAAACGAUUAAAAACAUAGUGAGGGAAAUAAAGAGUGAUUUCAAGCGAAGCGUUAUUUAAGUAGGCCGAACAUUUUAUUGUGAAAAGAAUGCGAGUUCGUUUUAAUUGACUGUCCGCCCAGAGAGAAUGGAUAAAUUUUAUGUGAAACCGAAAAGAGGGCUUAAGGCGGCCCAAACCCCUGGCGGAAGUUUGGUGGCUACAUCACGAAAAUCGCCGGACGUAAAUCCUGCCACCGUGUCUAGUAGACCCACUGGUGUUGGGAAGUUUUAUUCCAAAAUCAGACACACCAUCGAGGACAAUUUAACGCCAAAGAUAAGCGGAAAACUGUACAAGGCUGGAAAGCAUUCCAAGUCCAUGACCGCUUUGAGUUCUUUGGACUCAUCGAUGGGCAAAUACACAUUGACGAAUAAAAAUUCGCAGCCAUUGGAAACGAAGGCGGAAGCAAAGGAGUUCCGUGCUAAAGCUGCCAAAACGGUGUCAUUGUCGACGACAUCACCCAGCGAUAACACACCCAGCAUUUCCAGUUAUUUUGCCCAGAGACCCUCCUCCUAUGUAGAGAGCGAUGAGGACGAAACACAGUUAAGCUUGAAUUUGGUCAAAACUUCGUUGGAAGACGAAAUAUUUGAGGAGCUGGAGAAGGUGGCCCACGAUGAAAGCAAAUUGAAUGCAGUUCUAAAGACCUUUGAUAAAAUUGUGUUCGAUUACAACGACCCCCUUCUGCAAGCCACGUCGAGCGAUAAGGUUCUAGAUGAAAAAAAACCGCUGGAAGACACAUUAAAUAUUGGCUUAACGACUGCGGAAGAACCUAUGCAAACACUGACCAACCCCACCCCUGACAAAGCGAGUAGCGAUAAGACAUCCACAAAUGAGGAAUUACCCGGACCGCAGCCGCCGAAUCCGAAUCCGAAACAGACAGAUUGUCGCCAUCACACCGACACCCAGAAGCUACAAAAAUCUUCAUCAUGCCUCUCGCUAACGCGUCGCAAAUUGUAUCAGUCGCCCGAUUCGCCUUGUCUGCGACAAAUGCAACACAAUUUCAUUCAACAGCAAAAACGAAAGUCAACGUCUGUGUGGGAAUUGACCAAUUCGACAAAGAUUCCAAUCCUCAAGACACUGCCGCUACAGAAGAGAAGCAAAAGUUUUAGUUAUUUAAAUACGAGUUCGCCGUUCCAUUCCGGAGAGGAGACCAGCGCAAUUGGAUCCGCAAAGUCCGCCAAGGCGGCGACGGCGGAACAGGAAGAUAGUGGUCUUAAAACGUCAGCAGUAACCAAACGUAUGAACCGAACGGCCAAGUACGUCAAUGUGAGGCCUUCAGUCAGAAGCAGUGAUACCUCCUUAAAUGGCACGGCUGUUCGAGUGGGGAAGGAUACACAGGCAAAAAGAGGUACAGGUGAACAAAAUUCUGCCGUACCCAAAAGAACGAACUCCAAUUCAAGUUUGUCGACGAGAAAAAAUAUAUCGGCCGGGUCAUCAGCAGCACCCAUCACUCCGCCCAGACGUAGCCGGACAAGCGAUGAGCUUUUGGAUAAGUGCUUGGAAAAGGGUCAACAGAUACUACGUAAAGUAGAAUCGCUGAACACCCAGCAACGGCCCAAAUGCUCGGCCGUCAGCAGCAACAACAAAUCUGUGGUGCGCAUUAAGUCGUCCGGUGGCGGUAAAAACUCUACGUUGAGGCGUAAAAGGUUCCAGCCCAAGCUUAACUAUGCCAACGAAGAUAAGAUUUCGCCACCCUCAUUGGAAUCCUGCAAAAUAAUACCGCCCGAUUUUACGGCCAACGCCAACAAGCAUGCCGAACUUCUGGUGAAUGUCGUCCAAGUCAGCAGCGCCCUACGUCCGUUGCCUCAGCGCCAGGUAUCCACCGACAGUGGCAUUGCCACCGUGAGCGCCAUAAAUUAUUUGGAUUCUGUGCCGUCCCCACUGUCACUGAAGACCAAGGAAAUUGAAUCGUCCUGUUCCGAUUCUGAUGAUUCUGGCCAUAUUUCAAACGAGAAUAUGGAAGUUACCAAUAAUCAUCAGCCAUCGAAUGCUUCCUCCAUUACAAGUCUUAACGACGAUUCAGCUGUAGUGGGCAAGGACGAUGGCGAUGGCGACUACACGGUUGGCGGAGACUCGCCACGGCAGUUGCUAAUUACAACGAAUCAGCGUGUGUGCACCACUUGCCGCAUUGCCCAAGUCGAAUCGGUUCAAGUCAUUCGGACACAUGUUGAAAUAUUUCCUAACUUCACCAAAGAGGUAACUAUCCGGCUACAAUAGUCGUCUGUGGGUGGCAAGGAAUGGAAUGGAGUGGAGUGGUAGUUUGUUAGUUUCAAUUUGGACAUGCAAUAUUUUGGUUUUUAUUUAUUUUUUAUUUUUAAUGUAAUUUAUUGUUGUUGUCUUCAAUUGGUCGUAUUGUUAUAGAAUGUAUUACACAAACGCUCGUAUAUAUGCACCUUAAAAAACUAAGUAUGUAUGUAUGUAUUUCGUUCAGUAUUUCAUAUUUGUUUGUUUAUAAUUUGUAUAUUUUAUCGCACAUUUGUGUACAUAUAAAUAUUUUUUUUACUUUAAUAUAUGUAUUUAUUUGUUAUACAAAAAAUUAAAAAAAAUGAAAAAAAA